AUGUUCGAAAAGUCUCUCACCGACCUUAUCCGAGGAAUACGCGCCAACAAGAAGAAUGAGCAAAAGUAUAUACAAGUCUGCCUGCAAGAAAUUCGAAAUGAAGUCAAGUCGAACGACGUGGAUGUGAAAGGAGUGGCCAUUGCCAAGCUGACCUAUCUUCAAAUGCUUGGCUACGACAUGUCCUGGGCCUCCUUCCACGUAGUUGAAGUCAUGUCAAGCCCGAAGCUCGUACAUAAAAGGGCAGGCUAUCUCGCAGCGUCGCAAUCGUUCCAACAGGAUACCGAUGUCCUCAUGCUCACUACCAACCUUAUCAAAAAGGAUUUGGCAUCACCCUCUCCACUGGAUAUUGGUAUUGCGAUCAACGGCCUAUCCCAUAUUGUCACACCUGAUCUUGCCCGCGAUUUAUGCCAAGACCUCGUUUCCAUGCUCAAUCAUUCUCGGCCCUAUAUACGCAAAAAGGUGGUUCUGGUUCUGUACAAGGUGUUUUUGAGAUUCCCGGAAGCACUACGACUCAGCUUUCCGAGAUUGAGAGAGAAAUUGGAGGAUCCUGAUCCAUCUGUCGUAUCUGCCACCGUGAGCGUGAUUUGUGAACUCGCUCGUAAGAAUCCUCGAAAUUACUUGUCGCUUGCACCACAACUCUUUCGAUUGUUGACGACUUCAUCCAACAAUUGGAUGCUUAUCAAGAUCAUCAAAAUGUUCGCUUCAUUGACGCCAUUAGAGCCACGCUUGAUCAAAAAGUUACUUCCACCGCUCAUAUCGCUGAUUCAAACGACACCAGCCAUGUCCUUGCUCUAUGAAUGUAUUCACACGGUGAUCACUGGUGGUUUCCUCGAAGCGGCUGGUGACUCGGGUAACACGUUGGCAGCAACCUGUGUGAAUCGCUUACGCCAGUUUUUGGAAGAUCCCGAUCAAAACUUGAAAUAUGUCGGACUUUUAGCCAUGAGCCGCCUGCGAUCCACUCAUCCAAAAUUGAUUGCUGAGAACAAGGAUAUCAUUCUCGAAUGCAUUGAUGAUCAGGAUUUCAGUAUUCGUUUACGUGCACUUGAUCUUGUUGUUGGAAUGGCGAGCAAGAAGACUCUUGUCGACAUUGUAAAACGGCUUAUUGCACAUCUCGUUCCUCCUGAACAAAAUGACAACGCUGUAUCUAUUCAUGAAGCACCCACCGUGUUGGAUCCCAUCUAUCGUACAGACAUCAUCAAUCGCAUCAUCUAUAUUUGCAGCCAACAUCAAUACCGCAACAUCACCAAUUUUGAAUGGUACAUCACAGUCUUGGUUGGAAUGGCGUAUGUAUCAGGCGUAAACGUGGGUGAAGUCCUGACAACCCAGUUGAUGGAUGUUGCUGUCCGAGUCAAGAGCGUACGCCCAUUUGCGGUGAAACAAAUGUUCAAUCUCUUAUCGGAUAAGCAACUUCUUCGUACAGCAAGGAAACGAGAUAGCAAUGUUGAAGUGCUUUCUGCAGCUGCUUGGAUAUGCGGUGAAUAUUGCAGCUAUUUAGAUAGCGUCCCAGCAACGUUGGAAUGUCUUCUUACUCCAUACAUGCUCGACUUGCCCGUUUCCGUACAAUCGAUCUAUGUUCACACCAUCAUCAAGAUUUACGGCUUUUGGGUGCAUGAAUUGGCUGAUGAGUGGAAUGGUGAAUUGCAACAAGAGUUUUUGAAGGUCACUGAAGUGAUGAGGAGCAAAAUCAGCAUAUUCGAAGGAAGCACGGAUCUUGAAGUGAAGGAGAGGGGAUACAAUGCAAGAGCUAUCUUUGAUUUGGUGCUGAGAUCUGUUCCCCAAGAGGAAAUCGGCAUCGAAUCGCUAUCAUUACUUCAAGGCUUCUCAAGGCUCUUCUCAUUAUACGAGUUGAACCCUGUUGCUCCUAAAGCCCAAAGGAAGGUCCCCAUUCCUGAAGGUCUCGACUUGGACCAAUAUAUCAAUGAGCCUCUCCCCGAUUUGGUGUCAGACACAGAUUCAGAAGAUGCCGCUUCAUCUUUUGAUCAUGUCGUUCCUACUACGCACACAAAGAAAAAGAAAUCCAAAAAGAAUGGCGUUGACUAUGACGAUGAGGAUGUUGAAAAGCGACGCGCAUUACGCUUGGAAGCGAUCAAGCACGACCCCUAUUACAUUGCAUCCGACAAGCCGAAAAAGAAUGAGGACAAGCUAUUGGACGUUGAAGAUAUUGAUUCGAUUCCUGUUGUCAAGUUACCGAUGGACGAUUUUGAUGAGAGCAAAAAGCAUCGCAAGAAAAAGUCAAAGAAAUCACGAAAGGCGCGUAUGCCAUUACCAGCACCACCUGUCUAUGCACCAGAAGAGAUGCCAGAUAAUGCAGUGCAAAGUGACCAAGAAGAGGAUAACAACACUCGACGUAACGCCAAUGACCAUGCGACAUCAUCACCCAUUCGAGAAGGCCGAAGGGACAUUUUCGCUUACGAUGACACAGUAUUGAACUCGGUUGACCUUUCAGUCCCUGUGGGCGAAGAAGAGCAACUUCCACAAAUGACAGCCUAUUUGACCCCUGAAGAAGUUCGUCGACAAGAAGAAGUAAAGAUGCGAACCGAAAGGAAGCAAUCACGUAAACAAGCAAGUUCUCGACAACGUACCUCCGAUGAUACCCAAAAGAAGAAGAAAAAGAAGAAAAAGAGCAGCAAAAAGCCUUCCAAAGCCGCAAAACAGGAGGAAAUGGAUCCAUCCCAUACUGCUGCUGAUUUGCCAUCUGCUACUGAGAUAAUGAACCAAGAAGAAAUGACCAAGACACAUGUCCUCUAUGAAGAUGAUGCUAUUGUUUUGUCUUACAAUGUAGUAUUGGAUACGGAGAAGGAGGGUGAUGAUCCUAUGAUCAGGGUGAAAUUCUCGGUGUCAAACAAGAGCAAGGAAUCAACCGUUUCGAAUUUGUGUAUAUCCUCUCCUCAAUCUCUCGACUUUAGGCCCGUGGAUAAUACAACAUCAGAAUCGCCAUCCAUUGGUGAUGAACAUGAGCUAUCGUUUGAGGAAACACUGAACAUAACGGGUCGCUUUGUGAUGCUUGGUGAUAUGCGGCGUGAUUUACAUAUAUCCUGUGAUUUGCAAUACCGCGCAGAGGACUCCUCCAUGGUAACAACGUCUGAUUUACAUAUCCCUAUCAGACCCAGCGUUUUCCUUGUUGUCAACCAGCCUGGAAUUGAUCCCUCCCAAUUCGCAGCCUUACUGGAAAAUCAUGGAGAGCAAUUUGAUUAUCGCGACACAGCACACCUCAACAUCCAGAACACUAAGGAUACCUCAACGGAUCAAGCACCAAUUGAACUCUUAGGCGACAUUUCUAGGAGCAUUCGAUUACAGGUUGUGGAAGUGGUACCAGGAGCUGCAUCCCUUUAUGGCAAGAGUGUCACGGAUGUCCAAGUGGCAGGCUUAUUAAAGUACACGAUCCCAUCAGCAACGGAGGAUAAUACGAUCAGCGUUACUAUAGAUCUAAAGUGUACGGAUGACGGUUUCUUGGAAGCACUUAUCGAUGAGAUAUCAUCCCUUGAAGUUAAUUACUAG